GCAUCUGCGCCAGCCCUGCACUGGGCUGUGUAACAGACGCUGAAAAGCUGUGGGCUGGCUGCAGCACGUCAGUAAAGCGCAGCCCAGGCUGCCUCGUGCAAAGACCGCGCGGUGCUGAGAACCGUGCCUGGAAGUGAGCGCGGUGUGCGCGCGGAGCUGAAUGGGAAGCGGCGCCCCCUGGUGGGGGAGGAGGGGAAUGCAGCCGCCGAGGCAUUUUUGGUGCAAUGGAGGAACUGGGAUCGUCGAACUAGGAGAAGGCUCCGGGGAGAUUUCACUGUGGCCUUCCAGCUCCGGUUCAACUUCUGCCUUCCAGCCGUGAUCAGCUCAGCUGCAGGAGAGCAGCAGAUGGCCGCAGCACAUCCAUCUCAGGAGCCCGUGAGCUUUGCGGAGGUGGCCGUGUAUUUCAGCAGGGAGGAGUGGGCGCUGCUGGACCCUGCGCAGCGAGCGCUGUACCGGGACGUGAUGCUGGAGACGUACCAGUGCGUGGCCUCGCUGGCUCCACUUCCAGCCCCCAAACCUGUGGUGAUCUCCCUGCUUGAAGGAGGGGAAGACCCCUCGAUCCCAGAUGUGCGUAGUUCUGAGGUUGUGCCAGGAGACCUCAGCCCUGCAGGAGGUGGGCUUACAAAUGUAAAGGAAGCUGAGCAGGAAAGUGUUGUGGCCAAAAAGCAGUUGAGUGGCAUCUCCGUGGGAGAAAUCAGAAGGGAUGUCCAAGGAGGCCUGGAGCAAGGUCAGGGUGAGCACAUCAAGAAGCCGCUGGGAAAGCAUCUGGGAAAGACAUCAAGAAGCCCAUUGGACUUCAGCAUAGGUCAAAAGGAGCCUGAAGAAUCCGGGAGCAAGGAUGUGUGCCAGAAGAAGCAGCAGAAUCCAUGCAAUGAGUGUGGGAAAAGUUCUAAAGUAGAUUCCAGCGCUGUUAACCACCAGUGGAUAAACUCAAGAAAAAGCCUGUACAAGUGCUCUGACUGUGGGAAGAGCUUCAAAUGGAGAUCCCACCUAAACCGCCACCAGCGUGUCCACACAAGAGACAGACCUUUUCAGUGCUCAGACUGUGGGAAGUGCUUCAAAUGGAGAUUUGACCUCGCUGUUCACCAGCGUGUCCAUACAGGAGAGAGACCCUAUAAGUGCUCUGACUGUGGGAAGAGCUUCGAAAGGAAUUCCCACCUCGCCUACCACCAACGCAUGCACACAGGAGAGAGACCCUACAAAUGCUCUGAGUGUGCAAGGAGCUUCAGAACGAGUUCCCACCUCACCUACCACCAACUCAGUCACACAGGAGAGAGACCGUUUUGGUGCCAUCAGUGUGGGAAGAGCUUCAAAGGCAGUUCUGAAUUGAAGUGCCACCAGCGCAUGCACACAGGAGAGAGACCCUUUCAGUGUCCUGAGUGUGAGAAGAGCUUCAAAAGCCACGAUGAAUUGAAGCGCCACCAGCGCAUCCACACAGGAGAGAAACCCUUUCAGUGUCUUGAGUGUGAGAAGAGCUUCAAAAGCCACAGUGAAUUGAAGCGCCACCAGCGCAUGCACACAGGAGAGAAACCCUUUCAGUGUCCUGAGUGUGAGAAGAGCUUCAAACGCAGAGCUAGUCUCAACAGCCACCAGCGCAUCCACAGGCUGUAGAAGUAUCCCAAGAUACAGCGUACCUUCAAAAGCAGUUCCAGCCCCAUUACCUACCAACACAGCCAUACAAGUUACAGAGCCUCCAGAGCCCUGAAGGUGGGAAGAGCCUCAGCCAUAGCCCCAGCCUGCUCACUACCUGUGGCUUUGUGUGGUGAUGAACCUUACAAAUCCCGUGCGUAAAGCAAGAGCUCUGCAGACAAACUAAAUCCUCUUUCUCCUUCUUAGCUUGAGAACUAAGCAUAUUGCUGUCCUUCAGCUGCAGUUGAGUGGCCACGCAUAGGAGAAUGCAUACUGAGAUGUGUCACAGCCACAGGAAACCCUCUGCCAGGUGGCACGUUUCUGCCAGGGCUGUGUGCAAGGAGUCACCUCUUAGCUCCCCUGUAGAAACGCCUGUGCUGUGGGGCAGCAGGUGAGGACCGUAAGGAAAAACCUCAGCUGGGCAGAUAUUUCACCAGGAAGGAAGAAAUUCUGUCUGCAGGUUGUGUUGGAAGAGCUUCAUCUGGAGCUCAACACGCUGUAGACGCCAGAGAACCGACCCAAGAGGAGAAUCCCUGUGAGAGCCUUGACUGCAGGAAGAGGUCCGACCAGAGCUGGGAGCUCAUCGCACACCGGUGGAUCCACGUGAGGAACCCUAUGGAUGUGCAGCCUGCAAGAAGAGCUUUGGGCACAGCUUGAACCUGCUGAGGUACCAGAGUGUCUGCGCUGGGGUGAAGUCCAAUGAGUGCCUGCAGCAGUGAGUUGACGUGGCACGAAGCCUUAGAAAUGCCUCGAGUGUGAGAAGGGCUUUGUGCAGAGCACAGAGCUCCUCGCUCACAGGAGAUGGCACUCAUGGAAGAAGUGCUACAAAUGUCCCAUGUCCCCAUGUUGCCGGGGACCCACUCAGGGCAGAGACCCUAGAAAUGCCUGCACUGCAGGAAGAGCUUCAUCCAGAGUUCGAUCCUCAUUAAACAUUGCCCAGUCCAUGUGAUAAAGUGGCCCUGCAAGUGUCUCUGGUGCAAGAAACUUCUCUCCGGGCUGGCACCUCAUUUAUCAUGGGAAAACACCCAGCAGAGAGACCAUGAGGAUGCUGGUGAGCCCAAGGAUGAGGAAGACCCAGAUACUUCUCCCCACACAGGAUGAGUUUGGAAGGGAGAUGGCAUCAGUGGCACCCUCUGCAGAAGGGACUUAAGCCAGGAGCUUCAGAUGGCCUCUCCUUGCUACCCAAAGCCGUUCUCUCACCAUGCCCGCUUUCCUCUUCUGCUCUUCCUGCCAGCAGCUUUUUGGUGCCGUUUCCUAAGGAGAAGCGGCUGUGCAGGGAUGUUCUGUGUGUCUGUGUGCAUGUGCUGCUCUCAGUAAUGUGUGAGUGCACUGAUGAACCUGAGAGAAGGGUCAGGAGAGCAGUGAAGUGGCUCUUGGAGGUUUUCUGUGAAUCUUUUGUAAAGAGAAGGGGGUGAAUAAAGCAGCUGAGUUGAUCUGAAGCUUUUUUCACUGUAGUCUUU